AUGGAGACCCAGAGGGCCAGCCUCUCCCUGGGGCGCUGUUCGCUGUGGCUCCUGCUGCUGGGACUAGCACUGCCCUCGGCCAGCGCCCAGGUCCUCAGCUACAGGGAGGCCGUGCUUCGUGCUGUGGAUCAGCUCAAUGAGCAGUCCUCAGAACCUAACAUUUACCGUCUUCUCGAGCUGGACCAGCCUCCUCAGGAUGAUGAAGACCCGGACAGCCCGAAGCGGGUGAGCUUCAGGGUGAAGGAGACUGUGUGUCCCAGGACCACCUAGCAGCCCCCGGAGCAGUGUGACUUCAAGGAGAAUGGGCUGCUGAAACGGUGUGAGGGGACAGUCACCCUGGACCAGGUCAGGGGGAACUUUGACAUCACCUGUAAUAAUCACCAGAGCAUCAGGAUUACAAAGCAACCGUGGGCACCACCACAGGCAGCCCAAAUAUGUCGCUUCGUAUUUAUAAGGGUUUGCAGAUAA